GACCUGAGGCAUCCAGUAGUUGGACUUGUCCCCCUGAACGCCGACCGUACUACAGCUCCCGGAUCGUGCCGCAUCAAAGCUAUAAGCCGCUCGGAAGUUGCUUCCUCCAAUCACCCGGUGCAUAUGCGUCCCCUGCGCAUUAGGGUUGACGAUCGGGUCGAGCUGUUCGGUGACGAGCGUGUAGACUUCGUCGAAAUGCCAUCCACCUGAAGGGACGGCAGCGGUCACCGGGGUUGCGAGCCUCGCCAGGAGAAGCAGGACGGCCGAGGAAGUGAGGUAUUGGAGGAACAUGUCGAACGUUCCUUUCGAUGAUCGAGGUGUGUUUCGCGAGAGUGGUAUGGACACUGGCUAGCAGUGUACUGGUGUUGAUUAUCAGGAAAACGAGUGGUGGUUAUCCAAAGGAAUGUGUAAGGUCGUCAAUAGCCCAGCUAUUAUACCCGUUUGACCUCAAGCUCUGCGUUCAGAGUGGAGUCGGCAAGAUCGAUCGACGUCCAGUGUUCAGUGGCGAAACAACAAGAGAGGGAAAGGAUUGGCGUUUGUGGAGAUCGUGCAUGUCCAGAUGCAGGACCGAAAGACUUGUCAGGGCCGAUGGAUCGACCUGGGUAGAUAUAGGGAUCAAGCUAGCGUCCCCUGAGCGCCCUCUUGCCUGCUACCGCUUGCCCCUUGCAUCUUCCCUGCUAUCGGAUCGUUUGUUUUGUUUGUUGUUGGAUGUUGAUCGCCCCCGUGCCCCUGCAGCCUUCUUCGCCACGUGUCACGUGGCUUUCUUCUCUCGGUGGAGGUUCAUUCUACGCCCCUCGAUUCCCACCGCAACUGGCAACCCUUGGCACAACAGCUUCCUGGAAGAGCCAGACAUCACAACAAUCGUAGCGAGCGAGAGGAGCAGUGGUGCCUGUAUCAGGACAAAGAAGGGGACUCUCCAUCGGUGAUGAAGUAUACACAAAUCGCCGUCGCCCGUUCCUCGGAAUGUGGACGUGGAAUGUCGAAUGGAGCGGUUGAUCGCCGUUCAUAUCGACAUGACACAUUG